AUGCUUCGUUUUGCUUCCAAUUGCUGUCGCAGCAGUUUGCAGCAAGGAGGCUUGAACCAUAGGCUUGUAAUAACGAGUACUAGUAAUCUUCUUGCUCGUGCAAAAUCCUCAUUCGGAAUGAUGGAUAUAAAUUAUUUGCAUGGCAACAAACAUGCUUUUGAGCCUCAUAUGACAAACUCCUCAUCAGCCUUUUACUCGAUGAAUUUCAAAUCUCGUGCCAAUAUCGAUCAUAAAUUGGAUAAGAACCAUAACGAAAGCACAGCCACAUCAAACAAAGAAUCUAAUAACCUGAACUCAAUUUCAAAAGAACAAUCAGAAACCAAAAAGACUCCUUCACUCUCAGUCAUAAAAAAGUUAAUUAAUCUCGCAAAACCCGAAGCAAAACUGUUAGCUGUUGGAAUGGGAUGCCUUGCCAUCAGUGCAGCUGUCUCAUUAAUUUUACCAAUAGGAAUUGGUAGACUGGUUGACACACUUUCAUUGCCUCCCGAGCAAGCAAUUAAUCAAUUAAAAUUUAUAGGAUAUGGACUAACUGGAUUGUUUCUAGUCUCGGGUGUAGCUGUAAUUGGACGAUAUACUGCUGUACAAACUGCAGGUCAAAAAAUUCAAAAACGAUUGCGUCAAAAGUUAUUUGAUUCAUACAUGAGACAAGAUAUUGAAUUUUUUGACAAGACCAAAACAGGAGAAUUAGUGAACAGACUUUCAACAGACGUAGAAGUGGUAAGCGAAACAAUUACACACACCAUAAUUUCUGGUGUGCGUUCUCUCGUAGAAGCAACUGGUGGUAUAAUUUUAUUAUGCGUGUUGAGCUUUAAAUUAACUGGAGUGGCAGUUUCAAUAUUUCCGUUGUUAGGAAUUGGCGCAGUGAUUUAUGGUAAAUACGUAAAGAAGCUAUCAAAGAAUUAUUUGGAUGAACUAGCCAAAUCCACAGCAUUUGCACAAGAAAGAAUUUCAAAUAUUCGUACAGUGAGAUUGUUUUCUGCCGAGAAAAAAGAAGUGAAAAAUUAUGAAGACAAAAUUGAUCAUGUAUUCAAAUCAGGUCGACAACUGGGUAUUGCCCGAGGUGUAUUCUAUUCUGCGGUGAAUUUUGGAGCCAACAUGUCCAUGCUUGCCGUAUUAGCAUUGGGAGGUUUUGAUGUCAUUAGUGGAGCUCUCACUGUUGGAAAGCUUACAAGCUUUUUGUUGUACUCCGUUUACGUUGGAAUUUCCUUUACAAACCUGAGUCAAGUUUAUGGAGAUGUCAUGAAAGCAAUGGGAUCUAGUGAACGAAUUUUUGAACUCAUGCACCAAGCACCACGUAUUGAAAUUAGCCGAGAUCAUGGAAAGAGACUUGAUCAAGUGAUUGGAGCCAUCUCUUUUGAGAAUGUAACCUUUGCUUAUCCUCAAAGAAGCGAAGUUCAAGUGUUGAAAAAUUUCAAUUUACAAAUCAAACCAGGAGAUGUAGUUGCUUGUGUGGGAUCGAGUGGAAGCGGAAAGUCAACAAUACUGAGCUUGCUGAGUCGAUUUUAUGAUGUGAACCAAGGAAAAAUUACCAUUGAUGGUGUUGACAUUCGAGAACUUGAUGCAACAUGGUUAAGAACACACAUUGGAGUUGUAAGUCAAGAUCCAGUGUUAUUCGAUAUGAGCAUUGAAGACAACAUUCGAUAUGGAAUUCCGCAAGGGGUUGAGGUCACGAAGGAACAAAUUAUUGAGGCUGCAAAAAAGUCUAAUUGUCAUGAAUUCAUAAUGUCCUUCCCAGAUGGGUAUGCCACAAAAAUUGGUGAAAGAGGUUCUGCUCUUUCCGGCGGACAAAGACAGAGAAUCAGUAUUUGUCGUGCCAUAUUGUUAAAUCCAAAAAUUCUUGCUCUUGACGAAGCAACAUCUGCGUUGGACAGUGAAAGCGAGCACUUGGUUUCAAAAGCGCUCGAAGAAGUGAUGGCUGACAGAACUGUUAUUAUUAUUGCCCACAGACUGAGCACUAUCAAGAAUGCAGAUUACGUUGUCGUUUUAGAUGAAGGAAUGAUUAAGGAAACUGGUACCCAUGAGGAAUUGCUACAAAACGAUAAGGAUGGUAUUUAUCAUCGACUUGUAACAAGACAAAUCGUUGGAAUGAAAAAUUAA